GCGUCGAUCAGCCCCGUGUCAGCACGCAGCAGCUAGCUUGGACGCAGCGGCGAUGAUUUGUCCAACUUCCAGAUAACCUGCAGCCUCGCGACGAUGACGGACUACGCCGAAGAGCAGAGGAACGAGCUGGAGGCCAUUGAGUCCAUCUACCCGGACUCCUUCACAGUACUUUCAGACGAGCCCAUCAGCUUCACCAUCACCGUGACGUCAGAGCCAGAUGAAAAUGGUGAAAUCGUGGAAGCGACGCUGAAGUUCACGUACGUAGAGAAAUACCCCGACGAGCCUCCGCUGUGGGAGAUCCACUCCCAGGAGAACCUGGAGGAGGAGGACGGGGAGGACGUCCUCGCCUUGCUGCAGCAGCAGGCGGAGGAGAACCUCGGCAUGGUGAUGAUCUUCACGCUGGUGACGACCGUUCAGGAGAAGCUCAACGAGAUCGUGGACGUGAUGAAGAACAGACGAGUGGAGGAGCAGCGGCGGAAAGAGGCCGAGGCGGAGGAAGCCGAGAAGGUGCUGUUCCAGGGCACGGUGGUCACCAUCCAAAACUUCCUGACGUGGAAAGCGAAGUUCGAGCUGGAGAUGUCGGAGCUGAGGAGGAAGGAUCAGAAAGAGGAGGAGCAGGGAGGGAAGAUCAAACUCACCGGUAAACAGCUGUUUGAGACGGACCACAACCUGGACACGUCCGACAUCCAGUUCCUGGAGGAGACUGGGAACAACGUGGAAGUGGACGAGUCGCUCUUCCAGGACAUCGAGGACUUGGACUUGGACGAGGACGACCCCGACUUUGACCCUUUGGCCCUGGGGAGUGACGAGGACUGAACCUGCUCCUCUCUGGGGUGCCAUCGCCUGACCUUUGACCUUUUGAAAGACUCUUAACUGCAGUUGGAGGGAAUCUCUCGACUACAACGCGCACCACAACGAGUUUGUUUCUAUGCCUGAACAAUUAAACUCACUAAAUAAA